GGGAAAACACUGAAAAAGGUCCUUGCCGCUUUAAGUGACUCAGGAAGUGAAAGGAGGCCGCUGACUGCGUGGGCAAAGUGGAACCGGGGCGGCGUGGGCCCGCGGCGGCCGCGAGCUUGCCGGGCAACGGAGGCCGAGUUGCGCGGCGCAGGGGCCGACGGGGCGCGGGCUGCCGCGCCGGAAGUGGCGCGUGAGGGACGGGGCGCGGCGCGGCGCGUAGCGGAGAGACCGAGUGGGCGCCAGGCCCAGCGCUGACGGCUGGCCGGGCCCUCAGGCCUCAGCAGCUGCAGACUUGCGGUGCAGCCCAGCGGGGCGGCCGGCCAGUCCCCGGGGAGGCGGGCCUGCCUGAGGAGGGCCCGCGGUGAAGGCGGAGAGCGCGCAAGCCGCUAGGCCUCGGCCUCGUCCCUGCAGCCACAUGGCCUCCGGAGUGGGCGCGGCCUGCGAGGAGCUGCCUCCCGACGGCACGUGUGACGAGUGCGAACCCGACGAGGCGCCCGGGGCGGAGGAGGUGUGCCGCGACUGCGGCUUCUGCUACUGCCGCCGCCACGCCGAAGCGCAUCGCCAGAAGUUCCUCAGCCACCGCCUGGCUGCGUACGUCCAUGGCGCCCAGGCUUGGACUCCGCCAGCCAGCGGGGACGACGCGCUCCCCGAAGACGUCGAGGCCAAAGGGGAGGCCGAAGGCGAGGUAGAGAGCGAGGUGGGGGAAGAAGAGAGCGAGUCCGAGGUAGACAGUGAGUCGGAGGAAGAGAGCGAGACAGAGGAAGACAGUGAGGACGAGAGUGAUGAGGAGAGCGAAGAAGACAGCGAGGAAGAGAUGGAAGAUGAGCAGGAAAGUGAGGCAGAGGAAGACAACCAAGAAGGAGAAUCUGAGGCAGAAGGAGAAACUGAGGCAGAAAGCGAAUUUGACCCCGAAAUAGAGAUGGAAGCGGAGAGAGUGGCCAAGAGGAAGUGUCCAGACCAUGGGCUGGAUUUGAGCACCUAUUGCCAGGAAGAUAGGCAGCUCAUCUGUGUCCUGUGUCCAGUCAUUGGGGCUCACCGGGGCCACCAGCUGUCCACGCUAGAUGAAGCCUUCGAAGAACUGAGAAGCAAAGAUUCUGGUGGACUGAAGGCGGCUAUGAUAGAGUUGGUGGAAAGGUUAAAGUUCAAGAGCUCAGAUCCUAAAGUAACUCGGGACCAAAUGAAGAUAUUUAUACAGCAAGAAUUUAAGAAGGUUCAGAAAGUGAUUGCUGAUGAGGAGCAGAAGGCCCUUCAUUUAGUGGACAUCCAAGAAGCAAUGGCCACGGCUCAUGUGACUGAGAUAUUGGCGGACAUCCAAUCUCACAUGGAUAGGUUGAUGACUCAGAUGGCCCAGGCCAAGGAACAACUCGAUACCUCUAAUGAAUCAGCUGAGCCAAAGGCAGAGGGUGAUGAGGAAGGACCCAGUGGUGCCAGUGAAGAAGAGGACACAUGAAGACUUACCAUUCCCCUGCAGAAAAUACCCCUUCCCCGUGUGUAUGUGACAGCGUGUAUGUAAUGGCUUCUGAUAUCUGUGAAAGCUGCCCGGCAACAAACUUCUUCCACUGGAUAUGUCCCCAGAACCACAGCAGGCUCACAUGUUUCCAAGGGACCAGGGGUUGUAUGCAUACUGACUGUGUACUUCUUGUUCCCUUGUGGUAGGUCAUGGGAAGAGCCCCUUUGAUCUAUUUGGAGGGCUCUUCAAAUAACCCCCAAUGGCUGCUUUGAACUUACUCAGGAAAGCCAGCCCCUGGAAUAUUGUGCAAGUCAACAGUAUCACUUCCUUAGGAAGGUUCUAGAACAUCUCAAAAGGAAAUCAGUUUUCCUUACCUGCAAACAGAAAACCUGCUUUGUUUGUACUGAGGUUGAAAGCAAAUAUGGCCAAUGGGGCCAAACUGACUCAGUAGGCAGUCUAUCAUAGUCCAGUUCUGCCUCUGUGAACAGUGUUAGGGCAGCUGAGUUAAAGUAGGGUUGGAGAAGAGUCCAGAGCUAGAAAGAAGCUAUUUUUAACAUGUGGGGUUAUCGAGGACUUAAAAUUCAUAAUUCAGUGCUGUGGAAAUGGAAAAAAUGAUUGAAAAGGUAGAAAGGAAAUGACCUUAAAGACUGGGGUAGGUAAAGAAAUCUGAUUAAAAGUUGAAAUCAGUGUUUCAGAAUUCAGAUUGCAUGAAUUUUCCAAAAUGGUCACUAAAGCAUCUGAUAAAAACCUGAAUUCUUGGGCCAGCUGUGUGGAUUAACGGGCCUGUCACAACAAAAAAAGGCUGGCAUGUAUAUUGGCAGGUGGAAAUUGUCACUGUAAAACUUAGCAGUUACACUCCGAGGUUAGUCUGUGUUGGUCAGUGCACUGUGAGGGGAAUCCUUGCCACUCCCUGGCUGCUAGCCAACAUUCCCUGUAUUUACUAUAAUUGGAGUCCUCCCUUCCCCUGCAGCAGGCCUUCAGUUCACCUCACACACCCAAGUUCUCUCUUUUAUGUAGCAUGUCUAGGUAUGCCCCAGAACUGGAUUUCUUAGCCUUCUCACAUUCCCUGAUCACAGUCUCUUACAACCAUACUUUUCAGGGUCAAGGAAGUAGUAGUGUGCUGGGAGAUACCCAACUGCAAGCUCAUAAGCACCAUAUCUUCUUGAGACAUCGGUUUUUCUUUCCAAAUGAUUUGAAGUCAGAGGAUAACUAUAUUUUUUAAUAGAACAAACACUUAGGUUAUAGAAGAGAAUGUCCAUACACUUAAACUACUAAGAUAAAAUAGGAGACUUGGAAGAAAACUCUGAUUUUAAGUGGACAGCGAUUCCCUCUUCUCUGAUUGUGUGGUAUUUUUAUGUUCACUUUGAGGUUCUUACUGAGCUAGAUUCAAGCAGCUUUGGGGUUGCUGUUGACUAAGGUCUAGACUUCCAGAUCCAUGAGGUCCACCUUGGAGUAAAGCUCCCUUUUCCCGUCAGCCAGCUUGCCUGUGUACUUAUCACAAAGCUUUAGGGGCAGCUAACAUGUGUAUGUACAGGAUAGUUCUAAGGCAGAAACAACAUAUGCUGAUUGUAGGAGUCUUAUUUAUGUCAUUGUUCAACCCUGUGCAUGCUAGAAAAUGAUUUAUCCCUUUGAGGCCAGAAAACUGCCAAGCGUCUAUGUUCUAGGCUAGGAUUACCCUAGCUCACUACAGGAUAUUGGGGCAGAGAAGAGCGUGAGAUCAAAAGAUAUAUACACUUUUCCCCAAACUGGUGGCUAGGAGAUGGCUUAGACAAUUUUGGUGCUUUACCAUCUGUCUGCAAAGACUGGAGAAUUUAAUAUAUCUUGAGUUAACAACCUCCAAUGAUAACCUGUUCUAACAAAAUUUUAAAAGAUAGACCAUUCUAGAAAGAGUGUAGAAUAUCAUAAGAUUGAAAAGACUUGACAAUUUGGAAGCUUGUAUUGUCUUUCCCCAGUAAUCAUUGAUCUUUACAUGUUGACCUUAUAUUAGCAAUGAACAGAUCAUUGCCUCUCCACCUAAUCAUGCUAUUACUUUAAAUCAGUGUUUGGGGAACCUAAGCAUUUACGUGCAGUGGUUAUAAACAGAAAUAUAAGAAAAUUGGCCAACCUGUCUCUACAAAUUAUCAUCUCUCUGGAAUCCUCAAAGAAAGCAUUUCUCCUUUACUUAGAGAGGGUUUCCUAUUCACUUUAUGGGCUCCUGAUGGCUUCAGCACCUGAUAAAACUUUAACCAGGAAAGCAUUAAAGACAGCACAGCAGCCCCUGCCCAGACCCUUAAGUUCCUAGUAGCAGCAUUUAUCAAUGUAAGAACUAGGAUGCUUUCUGUACUGGUAUCAGCUUCGUCCUCAGAGCUUUGACCUCUUGCUUGGCCUUGUCCCCCAUGGUGAACGAAGCUUCUUGCCUUUCCAGGUCAGUGUGAGUUAAGAGUGUCAGAGUUGUAUGUGUCCUGAUGGACUGUGGACAGCAGGGUUUACCCAAAUCAUCAUGAGUGUCUCUAAAAUAAGUUGGGUCCUCCAGCCAAGCCCUGGAUACCUUCUGAAUGUUAAGUUUCUGAGUGCUGAGAGUAAUUUGUUCAUUGGUUUGAUACCACUAUAUCUAGGGCAGUUUUAAGAAGUGCUUGAUUUCUCAGCUCUGACAGUCAGUAAGAGGAAGUAACUUUAGGACAGGCUAUGAGCCUCUGUAGAUGUGCAGAGAACAAGUCACUUGUCUGUAGUUGCUAGCAAACAAUGGAACCAGUUUUGAACACUGUAGUCAGCCCUCUGUCCCACACCAUGACUCACCUACAGAUUGAGAGAGAGGCUUUCAGUUCCCCAGUUCUCCAUUCACACUAUGAAUUCUUUUUCAAAGCAUCAGGAUGGCCUUAGUCCUCUGCUCUGGUAGAUGUUGUAGUAUUCAUUGUUAACUUAAGCUUUCUUCCAGGAGCUAGGGAGGCCUUUCUUUUUGGUAAAUCCCCACAAAGGAAAAUAAAGGCCUUCAAGAGUGUAAAGUUUUUAGAGAGAGUUGGAGGUGAUGGUAGUCUAACUUUAUUUAAAUACCUCCUGCUUCGGUACUAUAGAAAAGCAAAUCUUCAUGUUUUAGGAAACCCAGCUACCAUGUCUGUACUCUGUGAGAAGGUGCCAAUUCAAAUCACUAACUUUGGACUCCCUUCUUAAAAGAGAGAGGGAGAGGAGGAAGAGGGAGAGGGAGAGGGAAAGAGAGAGAGGAGAGAGAGAGAAAGGGAGAGGGGGGUUUGUGUGUGUAAAUAAGAGUGAGAUUUGCACACACCCACAUAUAUUAUACCACUUAAUAAUGUAAGAGUUAACUGAAGCUCAAAGCAGCUCCUGGUGAUCUUAUAUACGACCGACCACAAAGGUUUCUUUUAGGUCCAUGUAAGUAUAAACAGAUAACUGGAGUGUGACUGAACUGGAGUGUGGUUGCAGGCUUUCCAGAAUAAUCCCCUUGUGAUAGGUGUCAACUCCUACAGCACUAAGCCAAGGUGACACCCCAGCCCUCUUUCAUAUUAUUAAACAUGGGAAAUGUCAAUGCCUUGUCAUCUGGGCCCGAGUGUAGAGCUGCAGAUUUUAUAACCUUGUAGUAGUCAGUGGUCUAAGAGGUCCUCUCUCCCCACAGAGAAAAUGUCCUGCUGAUUCCUGAUAUUCUACUUUCAUGGAGUAGCUGUUCAGUACACACUUCUCAGUAAAUUGGUUGCAUGUUUACUAUGUGCUGAGCACAUCUAGAUUUUUUUGUUUGUUUAAAGGCAAAAGUCACAUUAUAAAUCAAGUCCAGCCCUGCCCUAAGAGAAAAGGCCCACAGAGAGACUACACAUUUCACUGAGGCUGCCUUCAGCCAUCAGUGUUUCUGAGGCCCACCGUCUUAUGGAGUUCCGAGAGCCAUGGGAGCCAGGUAUCCCCAAAUCAUACAAGAGAUCAUUUGGAUCCCUCGGUUUCCCAUUACUGUUUGAGGCUGAGCAGAAACACUAGAACAAGGACCAGCGCAGGAAAGUGAAAAUAGAUGAAGACACUUGGAGUGCACUGUUGGGAAAAUAGCCAGUGUCCAUUCUGGGCUUGAUGUGGCUUUAGGGGACCAAUCAUUUAUACUUCAUGGAAGUUAAACCUGACCAGUCUUUACAGUGCCAGGCCACAGCGCAUGAGUGGGUAGAACCAACGAAUCCAUUGUCUUCUGCCUGUUUUCGUGAGCACAGUCACAUUCCCUCCUUAGUCAUCUUCCUCUUCCACCCUUUACACUAAACAAGGGAACACUCAAUCUUUCAAGGGAAUUACAUAUCUGAGUUGAUGUUUCAGUAUAUCAUUUUCAUACUGUAAAUUAUUUUGUAAGAGAGAUUUACUGCUAUCCCAGGAUGUUCAGACUUGGCGCCCCUGUGCAUUUGGAAAUCAAUAAACUAUUACUGGAAAUA